AUGCUAACACCUUGGGCCAUCGAAAAACUACAACACUUGGCACUCGACUACGUUAAGAUUAAUUGUCCGAAUGGAGAGUGCUACGGCUGGCUUGCUGUACACAGAAUCAAUUUUGCUCUCGGACUCUUUCACCUUGUCCUCGCCGGCAUGCUUUUUGGAGUAACAUCUUCUAAACACCCUCGCGCAGCCAUUCAGAAUGGUUAUUGGGGACCCAAGGUCAUCGUGUGGCUGGCUCUCGUUGUCGUUGCCUUCCUUAUACCGAAUGACUUCUUUAUAUUCUGGGGAAACUAUAUUUCUCUGGUUUGCGCCAUGUUAUUUUUGAUCCUUGGUCUAGUUCUCCUUGUUGACUUAGCACACACCUGGGCCGAGUACUGUUUGGGACAGAUCGAAGAUACCGAUUCCAGAUUUUGGAGAUUUGUGCUUAUUGGGUCCACCCUUGGUAUGUAUCUUGGGUCCGUCGCGAUGACGGUGGUUCAGUACAUUUUCUUUGCUCAGGGGGACUGCCAUAUGAACCAAGCCGUCAUCACAAUAAACCUACUCUUCUGGUUGGCUGUCUCUUUCAUUUCCAUCAAGUCAAAGGUGCAGGAGUUCAACCCGAAAGCUGGCCUGGCACAGGCUGCUAUGGUUUCAGUGUACUGCACCUACCUGACGAUGUCUGCCGUAUCAAUGGAACCUGACGACAAGCACUGCAACCCACUUAUCCGAGCACAGGGUACCAGGACAACUUCUGUCGUGAUCGGCGCCAUCGUGACAAUGCUGACAGUGGCCUACACAACGACUCGUGCAGCUACGCAGAGUUUGGGUCUCGGGGGCAAUGUGGGCGGAAUACAUUUGCCUGAGGAUGAUGAACACGGCCUGGUCACCCAGCAACCAAGUGCCCGACGAGAGAUGAGGGCUGAGGCGCUGCGCCGGGCUGUUGAAGAAGGCAGUUUGCCGGCAAACGCCCUCCUAUCAGAUGAUGAAGGUGACUCUGAGGAGAGCACACCGCAUGACGACGAGCGUUCUCGAACCCAGUACAGUUACACUGUCUUCCAUAUCAUUUUCUUCCUUGCUACGGCCUGGGUCGCAACGUUGUUAACGAUGCAGUACGAGGAGAGCACUAGGGAUCGCGACUUCGCCACUGUGGGCCGUACGUAUGCAGCGAGCUGGAUCAAGAUAGUUAGCGCCUGGGUGUGUUAUGGGUUGUACAUCUGGAGCUUGGUCGCGCCAAUCAUCCUUCCUGAUCGAUUCGAAUUCUCCUAA